CACAACUCCAGUUCGCACUUUCCCUACUCACACCAGCAACUCAUACAGUCCUUUUCAAGCCAUGUCAUCGCCAUUCGCCCGUGCAGCUGUCGCUGCUAACAGCAGUAUUAUGCGCGCUGCUGGCCGUCCUGGUGGGAAGAAGGGAAAUUCCACUUCACUCAACGGCGAUGCCAGGAAUGAUCUCAUCAAGAAGGUCCUUUUUGAUGUUCCUCCUAGACCACCUGUCCGCAUGUCGCCCGAGGACCUUGAACGCCACGAGACGAUCGAACGUGCAUGGAAGUUAGUCCGUCAGCAGCGAAAGCAGGAACAGGAGAAGGGGCUCGCUAGAAAGUUUGAAAUGAUGCGUAAGGCCAAUGCUGAACUCGAAGCCAUUAGCCCUGCACUCUUCAAGCACUCACAGACUAAGGAAAGAAAUGCUGUCUUCCCAAGGCAACUCAGAACUCUCACGGAUACCCCUCCAAAACAGAUCUGGAACUACCGUCAGACAGUAAAUACUGCUCCGAAGGCAUGAUGGAUUGUUAUCAAGAGGAACAAGGGAAAGCAGGAAGGGUGGAAAUGCAAGCUUUAGGUGGCUGAUGGCAAAUCAUUGCCGUCAGCCGUACUCAAAAAAAAAAAAAAAAAAAAAAAA